AUGAACACUCGAUCAAACACUCGCCCGCGGGGCGCAGACGACACCACCGCCAAGAAGACGGCCGCGGCGCCCAAGACCGCUCGAGUUCCCAGUAACACGUCAGCCUCGAAGUCCAAAACCAAGCGGGGCAAGAAGCGUGAUCGAGGGACCGACGAUGAAGCAGAACACGUUGACGAGCGAGGCUUCAGCAAGAAGGACGCGGAACUUCUGAAGCAGCUGGAAUACAGAAAGCGUCAAGCCGACAAGCAGAAGGAAGUGCAGCGUCGCUCAAAGAUACAGCGCGAUACGGCUGCGAUGACGGCUGAAGAGCAGGAAGAUGACGAAGAUGCACAGGAGGAGAGGCCUAAACGCAAGAGGUCCAGGAAGGUUGUGGGGUCAGAGGACGAUGAAGAACAGAGCGGCGCAGAGCGAGAGGUGACGGACGAUGCAGCGGCAGCAGAGGAUGAGGAGGGAGAGUCCCCAGAAGAGGACGAGCUUGAGCCAACCCCUCCGAAAGCUCGCUCGCACACUGAUCACACACGAGACGUCAAGGGUAAAGGUAGGGCCAGGCAUGCUGCCCCACAAGACGAGGACGUUGAUAUGGAGGGAUCACACGAUGAGCGGGAGGAUGCGCCCCUGUCCGAUGAAGACGAACAGUUGCUCGCUGCGAGUCUACGUUCCGCGCAGGCUGCCAAGACCCCUUCGAAGAAGAAGACCAAUAGCGACAAGGGCACGCGAGGCAAGAACGUUCGUGGCGACGACGAGGACGGCACGAGAUCCGGCGUGUCCACUCGCAAUCGAGCAGAAAAAGCUGGGACUCGUCGCGUGGCGGUCAUUGAGAUAGCAUCGCCGCCGAGAAAGAGCGCUGCUGACAGGAAUGCGAAAGGGAAGGCGGUCGAAAAGAAAGAGAAAAUACCGGCCUGGCUGGCUACGUCUGUCUCGGACGAUGCGUAUGGUGAGGGUAGCGAUGAUUCGGGAGGGGAUGAUGAAGAUGAGAGUGAGCAUGAUGUCGUGCUUGUCAAGGGGCAGAAGGGCAAGGCGAACCAUCCCAAACCUAAGGCCACCGGGGCAGCUCGCACUCGAGGUCGAGCGCAGAUGAGAGACCUGCCCGACGAGGUCAAGUCUGUCGUUACCAAAGCUCACUCAUACCUCCGCCUCAGGAUCUCCCUCGAGCACGCUUGGACGUGGGAGAAGAUGACGAACAUCGAUCUUUUACCAGAGAAGUAUGUGCUCAUCAAGAGGGCGGUCAACGACGUUCGAGAACUAUGCGGCGCCGACGGGAAGCCUCUCACGCACUUCGCCCUUGGGUUCAAGAAGCUGAACGGCGAUGGCAAGGAUACCCUGAGAAACAAAGUAUUCGAUGUGGUCUGGACUGCGGCGACGCAGCUGCGCAACGAGUUGAAGAACAAGGCGAAGGUUGUGGUCGACGAAGCUUACGGCCUGAAUCAUUUGUCAGGUCCCAGGAAGGUCUCCGCGGCUUCAUUCCUUCUGAAGGGCAACCAUUUCUUGGACGGGUGA